AUGUUUAUUUCUUUAUUUUCAGCCGUGAAGAGUAACUUUCUUACUCUUAGUGUUCAUUAUGAAGCCAUUUUUGACAUUCAGCCAAAUAUCUCAACAUAUAUUGGAGGUGAGAGUGUUAUUGUAGAUUAUGUUGACUUUGGGCAAGUUGGUCUUGAUGAUUUUGUUAGUGUUGCACAGAGGGGAGGGGUUAAAAAGCCCAUUAGGUUUUAUGUCAGAACAGGUGGUUGGUUUCUUUUACUAAAUGAUGAGAUGGAUUUGUACAGGACUUGGGAUGAGAAAGUGGGUACUUUUAGAGACAUUCAUAUUUAUGUGGAUGAUAUAAAAGGUCAAAGUGGAGGUUCAGUAGUCAAUGGUGAAGAUAGAGGAGAAGUAGGAGAUGGACUGGUUGGUGAGAAUGAUUGUGGAGUAGGAGAUGGAAUGGUUGGUGAAAAUGAUGGUGGGGUUGUUCAUGGUGAAGAAGAUAAUGGUGAAAAUGAGAGUGAGUGUGGUGUAGAAAAAGUGAAUGAGGGUGAGAAUGGUGAGGGAGAUGAUGACAGUGAUGAGUUAGUAUGA